CUUACGUUAAGUAACAUGCAAGCUUCUAGAUUCGUUCGCGCUUUCGCUUCGGCUGCCAAGCCCAAGAUUCUUGUCACCCGACAGAUCCCCGCCCCUGCCAUGAAGAUGCUCACUGACGCUCCCGUUGAGCUGAUUCACUGGGACUACCCCGAUAAGGCCAUUCCUCGUGACAAGCUUUUGGAAUGGGUCAAGGGCUGCGAUGCUUGCCUGUGCAUGCUUACUGAGAAGAUCAAUGCUGAGUUUUUCGAUGCCGCUGGUCCUCAGCUGAAGACUGUGGCCACCAUGUCUGUUGGUUACGACCACAUUGAUAUUCCUGAGUGCAAGAAGAGAGGAAUCUUCACUGGUCACACCCCCGGUGUCCUGCACCACACCGUUGCCGAGUUGACUGUUGCGCUUCUGUUGGCUACGACUCGUCGUCUGAGCCCUGCUAUUGACUCUGUCCGCAACAACGGAUGGGGAACCUGGGAGCCUCUGGGCUACUGCGGAACUGAUAUCUGGGGCAAGACUCUGGGUAUUUGCGGUAUGGGAGAGAUUGGUCUGGAGGUGGUGAAGAGAAUGCGCGGAUUCGGAUGCCGCAUCAUCUACAGCGAUGUGCGCCGCAAGCCCGAUUGGGAGAAUGAGUACGGAAUUGAGUACGUCUCCAUGGAGGAGCUUCUGGCUCGUUCUGACUUCCUCUCGAUCCACACUGCUCUGAACCAGCACACUCGCAAGAUGUUCAACAUGGAGAAGUUCAAGCAGAUGAAGAAGGACGCCAUCAUCAUCAACACUUCCCGUGGUCCUGUGAUCAACCAGGAGGAUCUCACCAAGGCCCUCCAGGAGGGAAUCAUUGGCGGAGCUGGUCUGGAUGUCACUGAUCCUGAGCCCAUGAAGGCUGAUAAUCCUCUGCUGAAGAUGCCCAACGUUGUGGUUCUUCCUCACAUUGCCUCUGCUUCCAUUGCUACUCGUACUCGCAUGGGAGAGAUUGCUGCUGAGUUUGCUCUUAAGGGUGUGCUCGGUGGUGAGGUGAAUCCUCGUUGGAUUGUCCCCGGCACUCAAUAAAUAUUAUGUGUAAAGCAAAUUAAAGAGACACU